AUAGUUUUGAAGUAGUUGUGGAUAAGGACUGCUCUGUUUGCUAGAGAGGAGAAGGAGAAACAGAUGGCAUCUCUUUCCUUGAUCCUGUCUUCAUCUAAUUUCUCAUUACGAUCUGAUGCUUUUGGCGACAAAUUGUUGAGUAUAAGACCUAUUGCUAUAAAGACAACUGGGAGGGACAGUGGUAAGAGGGCUAUGAAAGCGAUGAGGGUGAAAGCAAGCAUGGGAGGUGGUGGAGGAGGCGUGGCCAGGUUCAAAGGGACGCUGGUGAGGAACCAGCUGCUGACAGAGAUGAUAGAGAAAAAAGUGAUAGAAGCGAAGGAAGCGUGCAAGGGAGACGCGACAUCAGUCGAGUGCAAGGUAGCAUGGGACGAGGUGGAAGAGGUGAGCCAAGCAAAGGCCGAUUUCAGGCUCAGGUUGGAGAAGCAGGAUCCUCUCGAGUAUUAUUGUCAAGACAAUCCUGAGACUGACGAGUGUCGCAUCUACGAAGAUUGAUUAUGCAGCUACGUCUCACCAGCACCACCUUCAUCAGUUCCGACUCGAUCAUCACUUUUCUCUUCUCUCUCUUUAGUAGUUGUAUGCUUUGUAAUAAUUAUACGAGUGUUUUGCCUCUUUAUCUUGAUUACUACCCUGAUCCCCUCCUUGUAAAUUACAGCCCCCAUCUCCGCUGCAAAAAGCUAAGCCAGAAACAACUUUUUUACAAUAAUAAAGUUAUAUUUGCUACUACUA